UGCGUGCACUGCUCGGAUGAGGCUGGUCGCCAUCUUUACUCCAUCCCAGCACACAUCGCUGCCGGUGGGGCGGAACACCGACUCAUCGACCCGGUUGAUUUCUAGGAACUACCGUUAGACCUGGCACACACCUCCGUAUUUUCCCUCUAAAUAUUUGUCACUUUCACUAGUUUGUUAACGCUACCUGCACCUCGACACACAAUGGGAGAGCGAGAGGACCUAGUUUACCAGGCAAAACUGGCCGAGCAGGCAGAGCGAUAUGACGAGAUGGUGGUGUCUAUGAAGAACGUGGCGGGCAUGAACGUGGAGCUCACAGUGGAGGAGAGGAACCUACUAUCAGUAGCUUACAAGAACGUGAUCGGAGCUCGGAGAGCCUCCUGGAGGAUAAUCAGCAGUAUCGAACAGAGGGAGGAGAGCAAGGGCGCAGAGGAGAAAUUGAAGAUGAUCCAGGAAUAUAGGCAAACGGUUGAGAAGGAGCUGAAGACGAUCUGUGGGGACAUCCUGGACGCUCUGGAGCGGCACCUACUCCCCUCUGCUGUCAUGGGAGAGUCCAAGGUCUUCUACAACAAAAUGAAGGGCGACUACCACAGGUACCUGGCAGAGUUUGCCACCGGCAACCACAGAAAGGAGGCGGCAGAGAACAGCCUGGUGGCGUACAAAACUGCGACCGAUCUAGCCAUGCUGGAGCUGCCGCCCACGCACCCCAUCCGCCUCGGCCUCGCCCUCAACUUCUCCGUCUUCUACUACGAGAUCCUAAACUCUCCUGACCGCGCCUGCAGGUUGGCGAAGGCUGCGUUUGAUGACGCCAUCACAGAACUGGACACACUGAAUGAAGACAGCUACAAGGACUCCACACUUAUCAUGCAGUUGUUACGUGACAACCUGACACUAUGGACCUCAGAUAUGCAGGGAGAAGGUGAAGAACAGAACAAAGAGGCACUGCAGGACGUUGAGGAUGAAGCCCAGUGAGAAGAUGCCACAACAGCCAACAACUUGAGACCCUCCCUUCACCUCCUCCCCCCCAUCCCCCUCCUCCACCUCCAACUCUUCCUCCCUUUCUGCGCAUCACCUUCCUCCUCCUCUCCUCCUUUUCCUUUCUUCCACCUCUGCAGCUCCAUGACCCAGCAGGGCCACAGAGUUAACAAGUUUAUUUUUCUCUUCUUUUUUAUUUUUAUAUUAGCCCUUACUUCAUUCAAGUAAACAGCACUUAGUGAGACAGGAAACACAAAGUUAGACGAAGAUGAAGACGAAGACAGAGAGCGUCCCUGGGGUUGUUGUUGUUGUUUUGUCCUGGUACAAGCGGUUCUGAAAUGUUAUCUUUGUUUUAAUUAUUGUAUUUUUGUUUGUUUUUUUGCUUUUUCCUCAAUAUUUGUAUCAGUUGCUGGAUGUAUUGAGAAUUUUGUUUUCUUAAUGUAAUUACAGAAAUUAACUUUUAUUACUGAUAAUGUUAUUAGUUACGGGAGCUAUUUUAUCUCUGUUUUUAGUGAAAUGUCAUGCGAAUCAUUUGACCUUUUUACGGGCGAUUUGGAAAACUACAAGUGCCCUUUUUGUAAACUUAGGUUUUCAGAGGAAGUUGGCAACAUUUGCGAUAUCCAGGCGGAGCAAAGACGUGCGUCACUUCUACACCUUAGUGCUUCUGUUGUCAUGUUUUCGUAGUUGUCCUUGGACUGUACUUUGUGCUGAAAUACUGUAACUGUGCACACAUGCUGAAUCUCUGGAGGUUGACUUAUCGCUAGCUGGUGGUUUUUAAUUUAAAAAAAAAAAAAAAACGUGGGAGAUGUCACACUUGAUUCGGCCCCCGCUCCUCCACAGAGCCCGGAAACAAACACACUGAAGAAGUCAGUGCUUGCAUGAGUUAACACAUAUUCCUUUCUGCUUCUUACUAAAGCUGCUCUGGCUUCAGAGGUUGUUUCUUUGCUGUUUCCUCCGUUUUGUUUCUCUUGUUUUGCUUCAUUAUGUGUAACUUGGAGCUGAUUUGUACUACUGGAUAUCUGACUGGAGCCACAGACGGGGAAUCUGUAUCGUUCUGACAGCAUGGAAUAACAUUAAACAAUCUAAAUUAAACAUUA